AUGACAAUAGCUACACAAUUUGCCGAAACCACGCGUUAUUCCGCUACAAACCCAGAGUUAAGACGAAGGGUAUUACAAUUAUACCGUAGAUAUAUCAGAAACUCCCGAGAAUUUGCCAACUUGUACGAAUUAGAUAUGCCAGUAUCGAGCAUAAAGACGAAAAUCAGACAAGAGUUUGAAAGACAAAGGUUUGUUGAUGAUUUAUCUAUUAAAAACGUAUUGUAUAUGAAGGGACAAAUGGAGUUUCAAGAGUUGAUUAAUUUCUGGAAACAACAAUGCCAUGUGUUGAGAUAUUUCGAUGAUCAAAACGCUUAUAAUACUAUUGAUAAGAACGAUUUUGUUAAAAACUUUUUAAGAGGAAAUUGA